AUGGGUGACAUAAGAAGUAAACUCCAAAAGUUUCGGGGGGCAGAUGGGAGGAACUUAGAGACUUUGUUGGAUGAGGCGUGGAGAGUUUUUAGUAAUCGGGCAGAAGGAUAUAAACAAGGAAUGAGGAAGUUUGUAGCUGUUGAAGGAAGACAACCAGUUAGAAUUAAACAGUACCCCCUGAAAAGAGAAGAUAGGGAAGGAAUUAGUCCCAUAAUUGAAGACUUUUUACAGUUAAGCUUGUUAAAAGAGUGCCCAUCUGAGUUCAAUACUCCCAUUUUGCCAGUCCAAAAACCUGAUGGGUCAUACCGGAUAGUACAAGAUCUAAGGGCUGCUAACAAAAUAACUGAGGAUCUCUAUCCUGUAGUCGCAAAUCCAUACACUCUACUAAUGUGCCUGACACCUGAGCUAACUUGGUUUACUGUUUUAGACUUGAAAGAUGCCUUCUUUUGCCUCCCUAUCCAUGAGGACAGCCAGAAAAUUUUUGCAUUUGAAUGGGAAAACCCCAAAAGUGGGUGCAAAUCCCAGCUCACCUGGACUGUGUUGCCUCAAGGAUUUAAAAACUCUCCUACUCUGUUUGGAGAGCAACUUGCCAAGGAUCUGGAAUCCUGGGAGGCUCCCCCAGAAGAAGGAAAGAUACUGCAGUACGUGGAUGACAUCCUCAUAGCCACCUGGACAAAAGAGGCAUGCAUAGCCUGGACUGUAAGCCUGCUAAACUUUCUGGGACUUCAGGGAUACAGGGUAUCAAAGAAAAAAGCUCAGGUAGUGAAGCAAAAGCGCUUGGACUCCCGAAAACCGUUCUUCCUGUUUUCCCAUGAGAAGCAGGGAAUUGCCUUGGGAAUACUGGCCCAGGACUUGAGUCCGUACCGAAAAGCAGUUGCUUACUUCUCCAAACAACUAGACGCAACAGCCAAGGGAUGGCCAGGAUGCCUUAGAGCUGUUGCUGCAGUGGUGUUGAAUAUUCAGGAAGCAUGCAAAUUCACCCUGGGCCAGAAAAUGACUGUAUUGGUGUCUCACACAGUGUCUGCAGUCCUAGAAGUAAAGGGCAGGCACUGGCUUUCCCCACAAAGGUUCCUGAAAUACCAAGCCAUCAUGGUAGAACAAGAUGAUGUAGAGAUAGUGGUAGCUAACAUUAUCAACCCAGCUUCUUUUCUCAGUGGGAAUCAAGGGGAGCUGGUGCACCACGAUUGCCUGGAGACUAUCGAAGCUUCCUACUCCAGCCACCCAGACCUGAAAGACACCCUGCUGGAGGAUGCAGAAACCUGGUUCACUGAUGGGAGCAGCUACGUUAUCAGUGGAAAGCGACAUGCCGGGUAUGCAGUUACCACCUGCAAAGAGGUAAUAGAAUCUGGACCCUUGCCACCAGAUACCUCUGCACAAAAGGCAGAGAUCAUCACUCUAACCUGUGCCCUGGAGAUUGCAAAGGGAAGGAAAAUAAACAUUUAUACAGACUCAAGAUAUGCAUUUGGGGUUGUACAUGCACAUGGAGCCAUCUGGAAAGAAAGAGGACUGUUAAACUCACAAGGGAAAAACAUCAAACAUGCGCAGGAGAUAUUGCAGCUACUGGAAGCAGUCCAGCUACCUGAGCAGGUAGCAAUUAUGCACAUUAAGGCACACCAGAAGGUGAGCUCAGAAUUGGAGGAAGGGAACGAGCUGGUGGACAGAGAGGCAAAAGAAGCAGCAAAAGGUGAGAUAACAAUUGAGGGAUCCUUAAUUCCUGAUGGACAGGUCUCCCUUGAAG